AUAACUCAGUCAAUUAAGAGCAUUGACUCCGACUGCUCAGUCACUUGACGACGCUCGGCAGCAGCAGCAGCAGCAUGUUCAAGCUGCAGAACACCCUGGAGGUUGUUCCGGAGAAGUCAGAGUCCGGACUCGAGGACGAAAACCCUCCGUUGCCCACAGAAGGCUGUCAGCUGGAUGCUAUAAUUGUGAAAAUCGGACAGUUUGGUCGCUUCCAGAUCACCAACUAUCUGCUGCUCUGCCUGCCCAUCAUCUGCAAUGCUUUUUAUUCAAUCUCUUACGUUUUCACCGCCAGCGAAGUGGCUUACAGGUGCAACAUCACCCAGUGCGACACUCUGGAGAGCAGCUACGACGAGCCCUUCCUCAACUUUACUACACCGCAACGCCACGGAGUCUGGGAUCACUGUGAGCAUUAUGCAUUCCGGCCCGAUCUGGAGGCUGUUCUGCAUCAUUAUCUGGGGGCAGAUCCAUGCAACAAUAGAAGCUUCGAUGUGGGUCAGCGGCUUAGCUGCGAUUCGGGCUUCAUACUGAGACAAGACGAAAAGACUAUAGCCAGCGAGUUUGGCAUCUUCUGCAGCGAAAGAUGGAAGCUGUCAAUGGUGGGCACUGUGAACAAUAUCGGACAGUUUAUCGGCCGGGCGCUUGGAGGUCGGAUUGCACUGUGUUGCUUUGUGUGGCUCAUACACACCCUCAUCGCCCUGGGAUUGAGUAUCCACUCUGGCGCGCUAAAUGGCAGCAAAUUCGAGAACUUUAGCAUGACGGGAUUCAUGCAGGUGCCGGGAAUUCUGCUGGGCACAUUCCUGAUGCACUGGAUCGGACGUCGAUGGGCGCUUACGUCCUGUCAGUUCACAUGUGCCACACUGAUCCUAGCUGUGGCAGCCACGGAUGAAGGUGAAUUACCCCAGAUCUCUUCGAUACUGUUCUUUCUGGCCAAGAUGAUCUCUACGGGCAGUUUUAUGAUUGUGUACUUCUUCACCUCCGAGAUUUUUCCCACAAACUGCAGGAAUAGCCUGCUCUCCUUCUGCUCCUGCAUGGGUCGCUUUGGUUCCAUGUUGGCCCCGCAAACGACUCUUCUGAUCGAUUACUAUGAAUAUGCUCCCCACUUGCUUUUCGCCCUAUUUGGAUUCACCUGCUCGGGCCUCUCCCUAUUCUUUCCGGAGACCAGCAAUAAGGUGCUGCCCACCACUUUGGAGGAGGCAAAAGCUCUGGACAGGAGUAUGCCCGGGGCUAAGUCAAAAAGUGAAAAGAAAAGUGCUGAGUAAUCAAAUUUAAAGCAUUAUCGCGUCGUGAGUAUCGGAAAUCUGAAAAAUCGGAGCUUGUGACUUUCAAUGGCCAGCAAAAUAUGAUAAGAAGUACAAGUAUUAGCAAUAAAUAAUUUUGCAGUAUAAGAAAU